AUCUGAGCGUGUCCCGGAGCAGUCGGAAAACUCGCACUGAGAAGACCUGCAGCCAUCUCUGCUUCUGAAGGCGGGCCAUACAGGAGGGAGAGGAAAUCACAGGGGCUGAUAAGUAGGGUCCACUUUGUCUCCAUCUCUCUCUCCAUCAGCUCUCUCGUUCAGCAUGGAGCCCAACAGCCCUAAGAAAAUUCAGUUUGCCGUUCCACUCUUCCAGAGCCAGUUGGAUCCCCAGGCGGCCGAGCAUAUUCGCAAACGCAGACCAACUCCAGCCACUUUGGUCAUCUACAAUGAGCCCAGUGCAUCAGGAGAUGACAAGCAGACUACAAGCAAUCAAACAGAAGCCCAGAGUGCCCAGCUGUCUCCAGCCCAAAGAAAACAGAGCGUCUACACGCCACCGACCAUGAGAGAGCUGCAGCUGGUGGUGGAGCAGCACUUUCAGAGGCAGGAGCAGCAGGAGGCGGGGCUCUCUGACAGCCCAGACACGCCCAGUCCAAUCACAGCACAGCAUUUUGCCAACGAAGCUCAGUGGGCCAAUCACAACAGCUCAGAGCCCAAUGGCAAUGAGACUUAUGUCAGUACUGAGGGACAGCCAGGCAGCAGUGGGGCCGGGGGAGACACAGCAGACACCUCAGGAAGUGAGCAGAAAAACUUGAGCAGUCCUUCAUCUGUCUCUCGAUAGCUGUAAUAACGUACCUGGCACACCGUAGACCCUUCCUAAACAUUUACUGUCCCCUCCACUCUUUGGACUCUGAAUAAGAAGACAUGCUUUCUCUAAAUACACAUAUUGUACUUUCUCACCUCUUUCUAAGUUCACUUCCAGUGAUGACUUCCUUUAAUCAGUUUUAUUUGUGUGAAAUGUAAUGCUUGUUCUUCACUCUGAAAUCUGUACCGAAAUGAUCUGUCCUGUUUGUUUUUCUAUUUGAUAAAAUGGCAUUUGAAAUAUUUCCAAUAUGUAUAUCUGUGGAAUCAGAAAUGCGGGCAGCAUAUUUUUGGCACUUUCAGAUCGGUUGUAAUAAUUUCUUUAUGGGUAUGGAUUUACUUGUGAAGUAGAGACAAUGAAAUAAACUUUUUUGGAGCUUGAAAAAAAAAAAAAAAAGGAAUGAUGUAAAUAAUUUUGAGUAAGUGCUGUUUAUCUAAUGUUACUGUCAUUUUGGUUCUUCAUCUCCCACUUCCAAAAUGUCUCAAUCUUAGACCUAAUAGAGCAC